AAGAUAAGACAAUCGCUACCAAGGAACUUUGACUUGACCUGGAGAUAUAUAAAUAAAACUGAAAACAAUGAGACACCUUUAAACUAUACUUUGAAUCUAGAUCUGAGACAAUCAACCAUGUUCUUUGCGUUGUUCCUUGUUAUGCCCGUGGCUCUGAUCCAUGGAUUUAACUUUAUUCCAUUCGCCACCUUUGCCCCUUGGAUUGACGGUACUAAUGUGAAUGUUCAGUUUGCGGUGAAGGCCAUCAACGAGUUCUACGCCAAGCAAGGUGACAACACACAAAGAACACUGGUAGCAGUUCUCCAGUCACAGUCUCAGGGUUCAAUUGAAGUUAACUACCAGUUCACACUUAGAGUAUCAACAGGAGAUCAAAGCGAGAUCUGCUAUGUUGAUGUCUUGUCUAGAUCUGGAACACCCAUUGAAGUCACAAAGGAUCCCGUCUGUAACUCAGAAACGCUAGGAAAACGCGUGGGUGGAGAGACACCUAUUGACAUAAAUGACCCAGACGUCAAGAAAGCUUUAGACUUUGCUGUGGCCAGAAUGAACGCCAUGGAAAAUUAUAUGUAUUUGAGAACCGCUACCAAGGUAGCAAAAGUGACAUCCCAGAUCGUUGCAGGCAUAUCCUACCACUUCUCUGGUGUAGAGAUGUCCACCACUAACUGUGACAAGAUGUCCACUCACCAACUGUCCAGCUGUGCAGUAGCCGAUGGAGCAAGUAAAGUAACUUGCGAAUUCAAAGUAUGGUGGCAGUCAUGGUCAACUCCCGAGUACCAACUUAACGAUCUUCAUUGUAGUUAAUUCAGCUACCAAGCAGUGACAAAAAAAGAUCGUAGUUCAAUGUUUAUGUAUUUAUGAAACUUUGAAACGAGUUUGAAUUAAGACAAUGAAACCUAAAA